AUGUUACCCAAUGAGAACGAUACGUUUCAACGCAUUUACGAUCAUAUGGAAACGGCUCAACAUUAUCAGAGUAGUUUUCGCAAUUACGAAGUUCACGAUCGUCUGAUUUUAGAAAAUAAUUUUCAGCGAAUCAAUUUUUGGUCAAUUAUUAAUUUAACUCUAAUGAUAACUGUUACCAUUGUUCAAGUGAUAACUAUUCGUAGUUUAUUUGAAAGUAAAUCAGCAUAUGGCAAACUUUUACGUGGAAAGAAAUAA